AACGAGACUUAUUCCUGAUUUCAAAAAUCGCGGUAACGAAUCAGUAGUGAAUAUGAAAAGUUGUACGUGAGCAUGACAAUAAUACCACUAUGAGAAAUUCUUGAUGUUGGUGUCGCACCAAACCCGUACUCCCGCUGUGGGGCAGAAUCAUUCUUCAUGAACUUAAAUCUUUUGGCUCUUGUCAUGCAUCAGAAAUUUUAUUGUACGAUUGAAAGAAGCUGAGAAAAUAACUUCGAUGUCAUGCCAUAAACGGAAACCUGAUGAGGAGGAGCGGGAAAAAGGUAGCCCAUGCAAAGCUAAGCGAGCAUGUUUCCAAGAGGGAUCUCCUUCGAGCCAGACAGGGGCCAACCAGCUGUCAGAAAAGAAUGUACGAGUUUAUUCAGAUGCAGAGCGACAAAGAAUCCUUUCUAUAUUGGAAACUGAGUUUGAUAACGAACUUCAAGCUAAAGAAGAUGAAAUUAUGGAAGUCCAAGAAAGGAUUAUACAAACACAGAGAAUAUUGCAGUAUCUGUGCUAUGCUGUAGUGUCAGAUUUUUACAGUCGUGAGAAGACAAUUACUUCUGUUGCAAGUACACGACAACGUCGUAUCCAUCCAGCUGUGAAGAAACUGCUUUCUGGGAAGGGACCCCCUGGAGCCCCUGAUCUAGCUCAAAACGUUACAAUCCCAGCUGAAGGGUCUUUUGCUUCUAGCAGUUCUGGAAGUUCUAAACAUGUUGAAGUCAAAGACAAUGAUGUUUUGUCACGGAGUGUUAGUCCAGUCAGCUGUGAAAGUGUUUCAGGAAAAGAUAAAAAAGUACCACGAUACAUUCCACCUAAACCAAAAUUAAAGCCUAAUGCGGGUAAUGUGUCAGAACCCAUCAGAGGUGGUCAAAACAAAGUGAAAACUAUAUUGGUUGUUGGUAAUGUCUCAAAGUGGUUGCCCCCUGACUCCAGAGACGAUGCCGCCAGUCACAAAUGGAUGGUAUAUAUACGAGGGCCAAAAGGUGCCCCCAAUAUUUCUAGUUUUGUUUCCAAAGUAAGAUUUUUUCUUCAUCCCAGCUACCGUCCCAAUGAUGUUGUGCAAGUUGUGUGUCCUCCAUUUCAACUUUCAAGACGCGGAUGGGGUGAAUUUCCCAUUCGUGUUCAGGUUCAUUUUAGCAACAGCUUGAAUAAACCAGUCGAUAUCAUUCAUAAUCUCAAGCUUGAUAGAACAUACUCAGGACUUCAAACUUUAGGUUCUGAAACUGUUGCUGAAGUAUGGAUACAUAGAGAGCAGCCAACAGAAAUAAUUUUAGAGGAAAAGCCAAGUGAAACUACCUGUGACCCACUCAUUGUUAAAACAGAACCUGUUGAUGAAAUCGCUGAUUCUUCUUGGAGGGAAAAUGAAAUGACAAUUUCUACUAGUACUAACUUGUCUUCAAGUCAACAAGAAACUUCGGACAACUUAGAAAAAGAUGCAAAAAAUUCCAAUCCUUCUGCUGGAAAAAAUUCAAGGAUUCAUUUAAAACAAACUGAAAAAGAAGAAAGCCCUUCGAAGAAGAUUUUCAACUCUGUGGUAGCUGAGACAAAUUUAAUAGAUAACUUCUCAGCAGCUGACAAAAUUAAGCUCGAACCCUUGGAAAGAGAAAGGGAUUUAGUAUCAACUGAUGUUCUUAGUUCUUCAUUAGGUGACUCAAAACAAAGGAAGCCACUUCUGUCUUCGAUGAAUGUCUUACUGAGUCCCACAAAAGCCAUACUGACUGGGUCUUCAACAACUACAGUGUCACAAACAAACUCUUCUGUUGUUUGUUCUCCCUCAAAGUUGAUUACAAAUUCUAGUGCAUUACUAAGUUCACCAACGAAGCCUGGAACCCAACUUGUGAAAUGUGUUGAUAGUCAAGGUAAAGUUCGCCUCUUGCAAGUGAGGACUGAUGUUUUGCCAAAAAUUCUUAGGAAAGGCACUGCGACAAUUUCUACAACUCCACCGGCUGCACAAGAAAACUUGGCUAAACCAAUAGCGGGCACUCCUAGGAAGGAAUCAUCCUCCCAGCUUCCUGUCCCACAAAAUUUGAUAGCAGCACCUGAGACUCUCUCAGCAAAAGUUGUGCCACAAACUACAUCUCAUUUGCCUAUCCAAACUACAGCUCCAAUACCUAUUCAAACUUCUGCAACGCCAGCAACUCUUCAAGCGACUACUAAAAUUAUUCUCCCCUCAUCAAAAGUACCUGUACAGUCCAGUCAAACUCCUGUUAAAUCUCAGCCAUCUGCAGCACAAUCUGUGUUACAAGUGCCACCUCAAACAACUCCCAAGGUAGUACUGACAUCUCCUGUUAAAAUACAGGGUGGACCAAGACUCUCUCUUUCUCCCGGAGCUGGGCCAGUUCUUCGACUGGUUAGACCUGCUGGAAAUGCCAAUGUGCGACCAAUGUUGGUCCCGGCAAGCUCAGCCAACCAGCAAAUCAUAAGGCUUCCAGCAGCAGCAGCAGCCAACGGCAGCCGACCACUUUAUGUGCUAAAGGAUGGAAAGCUGUUCAUGAUGAAAAGUGCUCUUGGUGCAGCUGCUGGCGGCAGCAGGAUCUCAUCAGCUCCCACUUUGAAUGUCGCUUCGGUGACAACAAGUGCAAGUUUGUCAAGUCAAGACACCAGGGUUACCACAUCUGCAACUGUGCCAAGCACAUCAAGCAAAUCACUCGUCAUCCCUCAAAUAACAACGGCUGUAAAUCAGCUCGUAAAAGGUAGCAGUGCUUCUGCAUUAGUUACAGCUUCCACUCCAGAAAGCAAAGGGAAUGAAGGAGUGCCUGUCAGCUCACUUGGGAACCAGCCAAUGCUCACCAUUAACCCUACGGUGCUUCUCAAACCUCGCUCGUUGGUAGCUGCUGUUCCUACAGCUGUACGCAUGUCAGUGCCAAAAUCAUCCCUCAUUGCAAAUGAGACGCUGCAGACUGCUAAUAAAGCAAAUUCAUUGCUGGCACAGCGUUUACCACCACACAGUUCUUCUAGCACUCCAACUUUACCAAGGCUUUCUGUGAAAUCUGGAAAAAGCCUCCUUAAACCUGCAGUAAGCCUUCUUAAGUCUAACAUGGCCUCAGCGGCCACAGCGAAUAAAUCCUCCAGCUCAGCUGUGUCAUUAUUGAGGCCACCAUUGUCACCUUCAGUGUUAGGAAAGUCUGAUGUGGUCACUGCAAACAAGCGCAUCAUUCUUGGGCGUACCACUGGUUCUUCAUCCAUUACAACCACCUCUCAGCAAGCACUUACUUAUAGAGAAGUGCUCAAAUCUGUAGUAAAAUAUUGUCCUAAUGGAGGAGAAGAUGAUGUAUGGCGAGCUGUUCGCUGGAUGAUAAGAAAUUUGCCUCUGAUCAAUUCUGAGGCGAAGCAUCCAGAAUUCAAAAUUCUUCACCCAUACUCUGCACCCAAUGAGGAGAUAUUUUGCUCAUGGAAUAUAGGAAAACAACGUGCUUGUGAGUGGUUACGUGCUAAAAUAGCCCGUUCUUUGCUACGAGAUGCUGGAUGGGAUCUGCAAAAUGUGUGGACUACCAGAGAAAUAGUACUUUGGGCUCGCUUUCAUGGAUAUACCCCUGGUUUGUCAGUGGCAGAUAAACCUCAGCCAAGAGAUUCCUCUUGUGGUGGUGAUUGUGUAAAUCCGAUUGCAACAAUAUGUGCAUAUGGAGAAAUAGCAGCUGUUGAGGAAUGGCUUACCGCCCAAGAAAGGUCCUCCUCUUUGUCCUCAGCGUCUCGAAUAUCAGAUGUAACUGGUCCUUCUGAUGAAUCUGAGGAAGAAAUUGACAUCGUCUCCAGUGGAUCUCCUCUUCAAACCAAAAUAAAACAAGAGCCUGGUGUUCUGCACACCCACAAAGAGACAGAUGAAAUGCCUCUAGAGCCACAUUUACACUCUAUUGGUGAUAUAGUAUUGAAAUCACUCAAGCGGUUGGGUCUCCGAGUUUCGUCAGAAGAAAUUGUCCCUGGUGUGCACUAUCCUGCUGCUCACAGAAUGCUUAUUCAGGCUGUCCAAUCAUUAGCUGAGGACCUGUCAAGGAGGGCAUUUUCAGAGGCAUGGGGGAGGGAUAUUUCCAGGCGCCCAAGAAAUGUUGAACCAUCUAAUGUUUGCAGUGCGCUUUGCCAUCGACCUGAAUUUGAUCUUUUUACUUGUGCUGGUCUUGGAGUCAAAGCUGUUAGUGAUUCUAUUAUCGAUAAAAGUUCUAAAAAAAUCUGAAAUAAAUCAAUUUUUAUAGAUUGACAGCUAAUUGUAUCCCUUAUGGAAAGGGAAGAAACGACUGAUUAAUUAAAGUAUUUAGUUAUUUGCAGAAUAUUGUUCAUUGAAAAUGUAUUGCGUGCCACUUGAAAUUUAAGAGUUACCAUUUAUCAGCACAAUGAAAUGUUCUUAUAAGAAUCUCAAAACAUCAUGAGAAGGGCAAAUGUUUAUUCUGGACAGGGUAUUUUUGAAUGAAGACUGUUCUUCCAAAAUAGGAACAGCGUGUUUUAGGAAUCCUCUUUUCUUUUUCUGUGUUCUCUUGAGUGGUAUCCUAAAGUAGAACAAUUUAAUGGUGAUAUUUAUUCCCAAUGCAAUAUUUAUUUACACGUCCUAAGUUAUUUUUAGCAACAUUCAGCUCAUGAAGUUUCUCUAGUACUAUUUUUGUACAACUAUGUUUCAAAAUUUCUCCUUGCCUCGUCAAUGAACCUGGAGGGGGGGGAAUGAAAAAUCGAUGUCUUUCUUUCAGUAGGGGGUCCAUCUGGUUGUAAAUGUCUUCUGUUGCAAUAAACAGUUUUAUGUAAUUUAA